UUUGUCGAUCUACGGCGGACUUCCUUUUCUGACGCCACUGCCCGGCAAGGCUGUCUCACGCCUUUAUUUGUGGCCGUUGUACAGCAAAACUGGAUUUUAUAACAAGUCAUAGUAGACAGACACACCGUAGUACAACUUUCUCAAGGACGUAGGUGAGUCUCCUUCAGAAUAUAUUUAACUUUAGGACUGUAUCGACUCAGCGGAGUGUGUAUGUCGGCUUCACGUGCGGAGAGGCCUAAUGCUAGUUAGCUUAGCAUGAACCCCGCGCCACGUUAUGUCACCAAAAAGGAUCAAUGCAGGCUACCAACGUAACGCCACAACAUGCACGUUAUCCUAAAGAUUAUAUGAAAGGCACUAUGUUUGACUCAUGUGGUUACAGCAGGAGAUUGUUUGAUUUAUACACACACUGUCCAUCCAAGCGGUUUUUAGAUGAGCUAAGUGAGCUAAGACCCCCUCUGCUAAGCUUUCACAGACAGAUAGGACUAUUGACAGCUAGGGCUGGCCGAUAUGGGAAAAAAAUUAUAACGAUAUUUUUUUUCAUAUCAGUCGAUAUCGAUGUAUAUCACGAUAUGAAAAAUGAAAUUUAACAGUGCUUAUUGGUAGCAUGUCUUUUGCAAUACAAUAAGCUACUGCAUCAGUGAGGUCUUAGUGUCUCUGACGUUUUGUCAUAAGGUGUUGCGCUGGAGAAAUCAGACUGAAUGGUCGGCUGUUUUGGCUGCACAGGUGUUAUUGGCUCCUUGCUCCGGUCGUGGUUGUUAACCUUUUGCAUUGUGCAUGCUCUGCUGUUUGGCACUGUUUCAGGUGGUGAAAUAGCUUUGAGGUAUGCCCCCGACUUUGUGAGAACAUGUACACAACAUAAUUUGCAGUGCACAUUAGGGAUGCACUCAUUUCUUUUUUUUUUCUCACAGACAGUGCUGUCUACUUCACGUGUUAAAGUGCUAUGUUUGCAUGCAGCCUGCUACUACGCAGUUGUUUACUACUUGGCUCUAAUUCAGCACAUGAUUGAUUCUGCGUGAAGCGAACUCGGAACAACACUCUUUUCAUUGGCUGUUUGUAUAGUCUACCAAAACAUGGCAGAAUGCCCACCAUUGAAAAGCAUAUUGACUAUGGUUUGUAAUGAUAUUGAGAAUAAUAAUCUUUCAAUAUUUAUUGUUCUCGUUUUAUUGCCCAGCCCUAUUGACAACUAUCUCGAUCUGCACGCCAUACCAGCAUAAAUAAAAAUUUCAUACAGUACCCGUACCCUGUCCCCUUUUAAUGUUUGUUUUCACAUCUGUAAUUUUGUCUUUCCAGCUUGACAGCUUCCUUCAGCAAUGUCUCGUUUCUUUGCCACCGGGUCUGACAGUGAGUCAGAGGAGUCCUCAUCCGCCGAUGAGAUCACCCCCAAAGCACCCGGGACAACCUUCAAGCAGUCAGUGCAGCUCUGUAAUCCCCAAUUAUUCAACUCUCAUUGUUGUUUGUUGGUAUCUUACACAUCUGUUUCCACAGGUCGCUGCUCCUCAGUGAUGAUGAGGAGGACACUAAGAGAGUGGUGCGCAGCGCCAAAGACAAAAGGUAAGUGUGCAUCACAUCUUUACACACACAUAUAUAUAUAUAUAUUUUUUUCCCAGCAUUUUUUCUUUUCAGAUUUGUUUUUAAUAUGGAACUUAAUCCUGGUCCUUAGGUUUGAGGAGCUGACCAACCUAAUCAAGACGAUCCGCAAUGCAAUGAAGAUUCGUGACAUGGCUAAAUGUCUUGAAGAGUUUGAGCAGUUAUGUCGAGCCUUCCUCAAAAGCAAGAAUAUAGUAGACAAAGAGGGUGUUCCCCCUUUCUACAUCCGUCUUUUGGCUGAUCUGGAGGACUACCUGAACCAGGUCAGAGAUUGAGAAAUCGAAUGCAAAUUUGCAGUAAUUCUGCCAGCAGUAAAUUGAACAUGCUGGGCUUAAUGUUUUCUUGCAACUCCCAGCUUAUGUUUUUAUUUUUAUUUUUUUGUUUUUGCAAAACAAAUGUACCAUUAUCUAUAUCUUUGCAGCUAUGGGAGGAUAAGGAGGGCAAGAAGAAGAUGAACAAAAACAAUGCAAAAGCUCUCAGUACCCUUCGCCAGAAGAUCCGCAAGUACAACAGAGAUUAUGAAACAGAAAUAGCCGCAUACAAGGAGGUGAAUAAAAAUCUUUCUCUCAGCAGUUCUCUGAUUUUCUUAUCUCAAUAAAAAAAGGGGUUUAAUGAAAAUUUGAUAACUUCUGGAGCAGAUGUUAGUGGAUGUGCUCUUCUGCCAAAACACCUGACUGUGUCUUCGUGUCCUCUUUCUCUUUCUGUAUUAGAACCCACAGGAGUCUGCAGAUGAAGAGGAGGAGAAGGAGCCAGGGGACUCUGGUAAGUUAGAGUUUUGUGCAUAUUUUCAUUGAAUUUAUAAGACCUGUAUAAAAUGUACAAGAGCGGAAGAAAGCAGCACAAAUUCACCCCGAAAUCAAAGCAUAUGAGGCAUGAGAUGUUACACACAUGUUUAUUAGACUGGAUUACUUGCAGGUACCAGAUACUUUUGCACAUCGUCACAUUAGUCAGAACAAUGUAUGAUUCGCUGCAUUAUGAAGUCUGAUGGUUCAAAUUGUGUUUGAGAGAAUGAGAGCAGAGUCACAUCUGAUAAAAGUUGUUCGAACUUUGCUGAAGCUUGGAUGCAUGGGUUCGAUUUGCGUUUUUAUAUGUGCUUGGUAAGAGAAGAAAUCUAUGAUUAAACACAUCGAAGCAUCAUCUCUAAAUAUUUGGUUUUCUGUCACCAGGUUCAUCCUCUGACAGCGAUGACGAGGGAGGUGAUGAAGGCGUUACAGCCAAAUCCUUCUUGAAGAAAAAGCCUGAGCCCACCCCAGAGGCCAGCAAGUUCCUCAAGACUGCUAAAGGAUCCGGGGUAAGGGGCCCAAAUCAUGUUUGCCCAAUUUUUCUUCCUACUUUGUGAGAGUGGGUUGUGCCGAAGUGCUGAUAGUUUUUCUUUUUUGUAAACUUCUGAUAGGAUGAGUCCUCCUCUAGUGAAGAUGAUGAUGAUGAAGACUGGAGCUCUGACUCCGUCCACAGCGGCAGUGAGAGCUCUGAUGAAGGGGAUGAGAAGACCUCUUCCUUGGCUGUGGUCUUCCUCAAGAAGUGAGUCUUCUCUUCGACGUCUCUCAUGUUUGCUUGAAAGUUAUUUCUGAAUUUCAAAUCUGAUGCUCAACAACACGCUCUGUGUUUUUCUGCUCAAGGACCCUAGACACUGAGAAGUCUGAGAAGAGGCUCGGGAAGAAAAGGAAGCCCAAGAAGAAAGAGCGGCUGGAGGAAGAGGCAGAGGAGGAGGGAGGAGAGGAGGUGGAAGGAGGCUGGGAGAAGGUGAAGGGAGGCGCCCCAUUGGUUAAGGUAAGGGAGGGAUAUGAUGAAAGCCCUUUCACAUUGACAGUCCGCUAUCACAUGAAGCUGAUGAAACAAUUCUGUCAUUGUUUAGUUUUUUGUAUUUUCUGCCCAUUAGGAAAAACCCAAGAUGUUUGCCAAAGGCACAGAGAUCAACAUCCCAGUCGUGGUGAAGAAGCUGAAUGAGAUCCUGCAAGCCAGAGGCAAGAAGGGCACGGACAGGUAAGAUCACCACAUGAACUAAUGUUUAAAUUCAUACAACAAGACAACACAGAUUAGUCUCGGUUACAUGUUCAGUUUUUUUAAAAAAAGUCAAAUUAAACACAUUUUAAAAGAAGUUUUUGUAUUUUGUUUAUUAGUAAAGUUUAUGAAGUAUUGUGCUGCUCCCCCUUGUCUUGCCUUUCCUAAAUUUUACUGAUUCUACUGUUUCCAAAAAUAUUGCGCUAAUAUUUGUGAUUGAGCCACGAUAAGCAGAAGGUGAAAGUCUGAUACCAUGACUAACUUGUGCAUUUCUUCCCUUGCAAGAAUUUAUAAAUCACAAUUACAGAAGUAUUACAAAUUAAAGUCUGAACAAAUCAUAGAAAUUCAGAGAAGGAAAAACUCAGUUGUGACCCACAUAACUACACAAAUUACAUGAGGGUCAUUGUUGUUUGAGACAUUUUACUUUUUUUUUCUCUGAUCUAAUUUCUUUGCCUUUUUCCUUCCUCGGACAGAGCUGCUCAGAUUGAACUUCUCCACGCUCUGGCAGCCAUCGCUAAUGAAAACAACUUAGGCCAAGGCAUCAUGGUCAAGAUCAAGUUUAAUAUCAUUGCCUCCUUGUACGACUACAACCCUAACCUGGCAGCCUUCAUGAAGGUAAGAGCUUUUUCUCUGAGUUCCAACAUUGUUGUAUUAAUGUUUUUGUAUUGGCAAAAUUCUACAAUGAUGGUAAUGUGAAGUGAAGAAUGCAUCAUGUUGCUCUCUGCCUGCUAACUGUUUUCUUAACUGUUGAAAGUCCAAAACACAACUCUGUUGUUGUUUAAAAACUCAUCUUCUCCUCUUUUCCUUGUAGCCUGAUAUGUGGAAGAAAUGUCUGGACUGUAUUGAUGAGUUGCUGGACAUCCUGUUUGACAACAACAACAUCUUCAUUGGGGAGAACAUCGCAGAGGACAGUGAGAGUCUAGCAAUAUCAGACCAGGUAUCUCAUCAUCUUAUAUCAAUUAAUCAAUCAAAUCAAAUUUUAUUGAUAUCGCUUUAUUUAUAUUUAUUUAUUUAUAUGAAUUAUCAAGACCCAAUCUAAGAUGGGACAGAUUUGGCCCAUCUCAUCUAAUAUGAGUGACAGUGGCGAGGAAGCACUUCCUUUAACAGGCAGAAACCUUGGAAAGGACCAGACUCAUGUAUAUCAGACUUAUAUCUGAUUUUUUUUUAAUAUUCAAAGAAUGGAGUGUUUAAACGUCUUGUCUGAGUUUGUCUGCUUGUUAAAAACAACAGAUAUAUUACAGUCUGCAUGUCUAACUCUUAAAAUAGUUCAUAUUCUGCACAAACUGCUUAUUUGAGGAAGAUGGCAAUUGACUUAAUGUCAAUACCUCGACUGCUUUUUUCAGCCCUUCAGGGUUCGUGGAUGCAUUUUAACUUUGGUGGAGAGGAUGGAUGAAGAGUUUACCAAGAUCAUGCAGAACACUGACCCCCACUCCCAAGGUGAGCUGUACCACAAAAAAAAUUGAGACAUAUCUAAAAUAAUGAUAUGAUUUUGUCGCAAGAAUCCCUGAAGUUCUUUGUAUCCCUGUUUUAAGGCCUUUAACUAAUUUGUUUCUUCCCCUCUUGCUCCCCUCUAGAAUAUGUGGACAACCUGAAAGAUGAGGGGAGAGUUUGCGGCAUCAUUGACCGGCUUCUCGACUACUUGGAGACCAAAGGCAGCACAGAGGAGAUCUGUCGCAUCUACCUGCGCAGAAUCAUGCACACCUACUACAAGUUUGACUACAAGGCCCACCGGCGUAGUCUGGGGCUCCAGGGAGAGACCAAGGUGAGAAGUAAAAAAGAGUAUUACUGCUCAUAUCAGAGGAUACUGUGGUUGGAAGUGUUGGUGUGUGUUGAAAAGAUAUGGUUUGUUUGAGUCACUUAAGUGUGAUGUGCUAAGACGUGUCCAUCUGCUGUUUUCUAGUCCGAGCAGGACCAGGAGGAAAGUGAGGGAGAGGACAGUGCCGUCAUCAUGGACCGCCUUUGCAAGUUCAUCUACGCCAAGGAUCGCACUGACCGUAUCCGCACAUGCGCCAUCCUCUGCCACAUCUACCACCACGCUCUGCACUCCCGCUGGUAUCAGGCCCGCGAUCUGAUGCUGAUGAGUCACCUUCAGGACAACAUCCAGCAUGCUGAUCCACCUGUUCAGGUGAGCAGACACACACUAAGAAUAACAUGCUGAUAUCCAGUGACCCUGAAUGAACUCCUGAGUACAUAUUUCUUCUGUUCGUAGAUCCUGUACAACAGAACCAUGGUGCAACUUGGCAUCUGCGCCUUCAGACAGGGCAUGAUCAAAGACGCCCACAACGCCCUGCUGGACAUCCAGUCCUCUGGUCGAGCCAAGGAGCUCUUGGGUCAGGGUUUGCUCAUGAGGAACAUGCAGGAGAGGAAUGCAGAGCAGGAGAAGAUUGAGAAGAGACGACAAGUAAGUCAAACAUGAGAUCUCAUAUGCAGAAGAAAGAACCAUCACAGCUUGUUGUAUACAGAUGCUAAGACUUGCAACAUGUGUGUGUCAUGUAUAACCUUCUUGACUCUGAAUCAUUAUAAGACCAGGCUAACUUUGUUUUAAAUUUCCCUCACAGGUGCCCUUCCACAUGCACAUCAACCUGGAGCUGCUGGAGUGUGUAUACUUGGUGUCCGCCAUGCUGCUGGAAAUUCCUUACAUGGCUGCCCAUGAGUUUGACGCCCGCCGCAGGAUGAUCAGCAAACAGUUCCACCACCAGCUCAGGGUGGGAGAGAGACAGCCUCUGCUGGGUAAGCAACAACUCGUGGCUUCAGGAUAUCAAGUUAAGUGAAACAAAGAGGCUAACUUUAGCCUUGUGUCUUUGCUGCAGGACCCCCAGAGAGCAUGAGGGAACAUGUGGUUGCAGCCAGCAAGGCCAUGAAGAUGGGCGACUGGCGUACCUGUCACUCAUUUAUCAUCAAUGAGAAGAUGAACAGUAAAGUGUGGGAUUUGUUCCCUGAGACGCAGCGAGUACGCGAGAUGCUCGUCAGGUCGGCAUCCAUGACACUGUUUCGAUUUAUAUUUUUAUCAUGAGUGAUGACUUAAUGUAACUAUUUUUUUAGUUCUUACAAAUAUUGUUUUUCCUUUUAUACAGGAAGAUCCAAGAGGAGUCACUGAGGACCUACCUGUUCACGUACAGCAGUGUUUACGACUCUAUCAGGUAGGCAGGCACAACGUGGAACUGUUUGUUCAGUGCAGUUUCCUGUCUCUGCCUGAGCAGUCUUUAAAGUGUGUGUCUGAUUCCAAGUUCAUGAGACAGUGGUGGUGUUAUUUCUCUCUUCCAGCAUGGAGACACUCUCUGAGAUGUUUGAGUUGGAGAUCGCCACAGUUCACAGUAUCAUCAGCAAGAUGAUCAUCAACGAGGAACUGAUGGUAGGUUUGAUGUCUUCUUUCCUUUUUAGCGCUUCAUCAUUUUGUUUAUAUGCUUGAGUGUCUGAAUGUUUCCUCUUCCAAACAGGCAUCGCUCGACCAGCCCACACAGACGGUGGUGAUGCACCGCACAGAGCCCACCUCCCUGCAGAACAUGGCGCUGCAGCUGGCUGAGAAACUGGGCAGCUUAGUAGAGAAUAAUGAGCGCGUCUUUGACCUCAAACAGGGCGUCUACGGAGGCUACUUCAACAGAGGUGAGUCCAGAAAGCUAGCGUCACAUUAAGCCGUUUAAUACUUGUAGCAUGCGUUGUACUCUUCCCUAUCAAAGGUUUAUGAGUAUCCUAUAAGCUUGAUGCAAACUUAUUAUUCUCAUUACAGAUCAGAAAGGCGGCUACCAACAGAAGCAGUCCUACCAGAGAGGUACGUGAGGUUACACACAAAUACUCUGACCACAUGGUGACCUUCCCACACCAGCAGGCUUCACCUCUCUUGUUGUUUGUUUGCUGUUUUGACUUAGUUGCUGACUCAGUUCGGAUGCAUUUAAUCAUCAGCUAACUUGUAAUGUAUUCAAAAGUUCAGUUAAGGAUAAGGAUUGUGUUAUUCCUAAGAGAAGUAGGCCAUUAGUAGUGUUGAACAACCAAAAGUCCACAAUUUUCCUCACAGCCGGACUUGGAGUGAAAAUGGAGUUUAAUGUUCAGAUAACGGCGCUGUAAGAUCAAGUCUGAUAAACGUGAUGUCCACACGAUUAUACUUGAUCUAUUCUUAUGAAAAGUGAAGGACUCAUGAGAAGUUUGUCCAGUAUGGAUAUUGUUUGAACAGCACCCCUAUUUUGGUGUUUAUUACAGGUUUACAUACUGAUACACUGUCCUAAAGAAGCUUACCUGAGGAUUAUCUAAAACCAUGACAUUUGAAAUUGUGUUUCAGCCAGUGAAAAGCAUUUACAUGUUGUUGUCUGAUCAAAACAAUCGUGUUUUUUUUCCAUGUUUACAGAUCAGAAAGGCGGCUACCAGCAAAACAAAGGAGGCUACCAGAGAGGCGGCUACAGAAAUCAAAACCAAAGCAACUACUGAGCUUUGAACACGUAGAUUUCGCUCCCUAGUCUUCAUUCCAUAACUUCAACAAAAACAACAAUGACUUGUGUGUCUGAGCUCGGCACUUGGCUGUUCUCCUUCAUUGUAGCAGUGCAAACCAUUCUUGCUGCAACUAGUUAAGUGUUUUAAUAUUGCUUAUUUGAUUGACAGUAAAAGGUUUGAAGAGUUAAGAAAUUUUGAAAAAUGAAGGCAUUGUAGUGUGGAUGGUUUGUAGCAGUGCUGUCAGUGGACAAACAUCUCAAGUUAUCUAAUAAACAAUAAAUAACACUGAUCUGAGUUUUGUUUCUGAAAGCUUUAUUUGUUUUUGUAAAAAUUUAUCAAGACAGCAAAACAAACAAACAAAAAUCAGUCAAUAAUAAUCCAGCCCUGUUCCUACUUAAAUACACACCCAUGAAAAACAUGCAGAUCUGCUCUUCCAGUGAUUUUACCAACAGCUGUGUAACCGAUUCAGAGGUUUUUACUGGAUUUUCCUUGAGUUACAGCAUAUAAAGGUUGAAGUUGAUAGUUAACACAUACUUGAUGGAUCUAAGUUACAAAAGUAGAUAUUAGAUGAUUUCUCUCAGCCAGUCUUUGGUCUUCAUUACAGUUGAUUUACAAAAUACACAGUUUGCUCAAAUGAACCACACACUUAAGCAGAAAACAGGUUAUGAUUCUGAUCCUACUAACUGGAGUGAGUCUUUAAAAUAAACCGCAGUACAGAAAAAUGGGCUAGAGUGGUCCUGUCCAGACCAGAGGAAAAAUCCAGUACAAAUGGUAAUAGAAUAGACAGUGCGUAAAAAGCCUGAAAUAGUGUACAGCAGAUCAUUUCCUUGAAGUAAUAAUCAUCAUAUUAAUCAUUUUGCACUGUAGACGCGGUAGUUCUUCUGCCUUAGCGUCUCAGUCUGAUUGCAUUUCCAUAAAGAAAUGAUCAUAAAUGUUCUUCCUUGAGCUGUGAAACUCCGCUGCACUUGGUGAUUUACUCGUCAGGACUCCCCCACAAACAAGCAGCUGCUGGAGGAGAGUAGGGGAGUUGUGUUUGGUCUCUGCUAAAGAAAUCAAGCAAAGCUAAAAAGAUGUUUGGUGGCUGGUACUAUGGGUGGGACCCACUAUGUACUGUUGAUGAAGUUAGUUUCGUUUCUGAGUAUUAUUUGUGGCAAUAGAGUGGCUUUUUGGUUGAGGUUUGCGUGUGGAAACGUAGACUGCUGUGUAUUGCUAUCGUGCGGUCAUUACUAAAGUUGGUAUAACUAAAGAAGCAAGCGGUCGGCAACAUUCAUCAGGUGGUGUCUUACUCGGUGUUAUGGUGUGUUUGACCCUGACUUAAUUUUACGCCUGAAUAUCCCUUUAACAUCAAUAGUUGAUUAUUAAAUGUCCUAACCAAAGAAUCUAUUUUUUCCCCAUUUUAUCUUGUUUUCCAUGACUUUAAUGUUCUUUAUUGUUCAUGAUCUCAAAAAAAGUUUUCUCAGGAUGACAGUGUUAUCACAAUAAAUUAAAAUAAACAAUAAAUCAGCCCUUUUUUGUUUUAUAUCUAAUAAUAGAUGAACCAGUUGUUUAGUAAAAACUUGUACAUUAUGCUUCCUGUGCUUUCGUACACACACAGCUCUUCCUGGCCUCCAUACAUGGAGGUUGAGUGUGUUUAGUGGUUCAGCAGCAGGGUUUAGACUAACAUCCUCCUCCUCAGCCUGUUAUCUGUCUCCUCUCCGACUCAGUCUCCUGUAAAACUCUUUCCUCAGCAGGUCUCUCUCUUUGCGGAUUCCCUGCAGCACUGUGCGGUUCUCCUGAGCCCGUCGUACUAAGUACGGCAGAGUGUCAUCCACUGAGCCGUAUGGCACAGACUUGUAGAUGGCAUAACCCUCUUUUGC